AUGCACAGGGAAAAGCGCCGUCUGAGAGACAAAUUUGACCUGUCGACCGCGGUCCACAAAGCGGAAUACGACAAUGUUAAGCGUCCAGUGGGCAAAAAGACUGGUGUGUCCAUUGAACCUGCUCAUAGGUUCGAGGUCAAUAUCGAAGGCGAUAGCUUCACAAAGGAGAACGUCAGAUACGAGAUCUUCUUGAAAUAUCAGUUGCGGAUACACAAAGACCCUGCAUCCCGGUGGAAAGAGUCUGACUUCAAGCGAUUCUUAUGCACUGGUCUUGACCGGAAGAUUCUCAAGAUCGGCGGCAAGACACUCAAACUGGGGUCGUACCACCAGUGCUAUCGCCUUGAUGGAAAGCUGGUGGCUGUUGCGGUUCUCGACCUUCUACCCCAUGCCGUCAGCUCAGUCUAUCUCUUCUAUGAUCCUGAGUACGAGGCCUGGGAUCUGGGAAAGAUGAGUGCCCUGCGAGAGAUAUCGCUCGCCAAAGAAGUCGGUUACGAGUACUAUUACAUGGGCUAUUAUAUCCACACAUGUACAAAGAUGCGCUACAAAGCCGCUUUCUCUCCGACCUACAUUCUCGACCCAGAGAGCUAUGAAUGGAAUCUUUUCGAUGAUAAAUAUCGCCAGGAGCUCGACAAGAGGAAAUACGUCUCUCCUUCCCGUGAUCGGAAACGUGGAGUGGAUGCUGCCGAGGGCACCAUUCAACAAGCAGGUGCCAGAGGGACUUCGGAUAGCGGCCCUGCUCCUAAAACCACGAAAGAAAGAGGACGAAUGUUUGACGAUGAACAAGAUCUAGAGUUCGACGAACCCCCAAGCGACGAAGAAGAUGCGGAAAUACCCGAAGGAUCCUUGUUUGAUUACGAGAUACCCGGUGUGCUGACGAAAGAUGAAGUGAAACGUCUUGAUCUCGACCACUGGCGCCUCGUCGUAGGCAAUACUCUGAUCGAGUUAGAGGAUCUCCGGGACUGGGAAGAUGGGAAAAUUGACGACCCGGAUACUAUGAAAGGAAUGGCGGCAGAACUUGCUGCAGUUACGGGGCCGAAACUCCUCCAGAACAGAUUGAUGGCCUCGAAUACAUCCACGGAACAUUUCACCCGACUGCACUCCUACGAAAGAAUUCGACCUAUCGGUUACCAGCGCAAUAAAGACAAGGAAGCUGGCGCCCAACAGAGCGCCGCGCCUAGUACGACCAGCACUACGAUUACCUCGAAGUCAAGUCAAGAUGUUGCUUCGGAUAGAAACCAAGAUCUAGGUUCAGAUCAAACAGCCGGACGUCCCGUCACCGGGCUCGCCACGGGUAGCUGGCCAGCUUCCAGCGCUGCGAGUGCGCAGAGAGCGCCGGGGGUCUUUGUUGGCCUCGCACAUUGGCUGAAUCUCGGUUCGGGCUAUCCUGUAAGCGACACAUCUGCCAGCGACGGCGUGGUUGGUGAUGUGUGCUUUGAAGAAGAGAACCUCUCUCCCGAGGCAUCUGUCCCUGGCGCAGAUAUCAAGAAAGGAGGCGGAUGCGGUCACGGGGGUGGUCACGGCGGCAGUCACGGCGGCAGUGAUGGCGAUCACGGAACAGAAGGAGGAGAUGUUGGAAGGGGAUCCGCAGGAGCAGGGUUUCAGGGCGCUGGGGGCAGAGGUGCAACAGGGGGAGUGAGUGAAGCUGCCCCGGUGCCUCUGCCCUUGAAGUUGUUGGGGUUUCCUUUCGUUCUUGCGCGACACGCCGGGGCAGCCACUCACCCAACCAUCAACAUGACCUCGGACGCAAUUGGCAAGCUUAAGCUCAUGGGAGCUAAUGAGGCUAUGAUCAUGGCCCAGAACAAAACAAGCAGUGCCGCCAGCAUGCCUCGACCUCGGAGGGUGUUUGGCCUGGGUUUUGCUCUGAUCCAUCGAGUCAGAGCAGCCACGCCUCCGAUCAAGACCACGAUCCCACAUCCAUCGGCCGUGGCCAAAUUCAUUGGGGGUAACGCCUAUUACCUCGAGAAAAUGAACUACACGAGCAACGCAGCGGACAGGGCUCAAUCGCCACGGGUAGUGAGUGUUCCAUUGGCCCUGGCAAGACACAUAAAAACCACGGUGCUAGGCACUCACAAUGUCGACCAGUGA